UUAUCAAAAAACUUAAUUAGUUCAAGUCAUAAAGACGUGUAAGAUUGUUAUCUUUAUUUUUGCAGUAGAUUGAUAAGAAUAAAAGAUUUAAACCGAGUUUAAAUGCGAUUUUCAUGUAUUUUAUGAGAAUGGAUUUGAAAAAACAACAUCAACUGAUAUUUUCGAUCCUGUGUCUGUUUAGCUUCCUGAAGUUGUAUGAUUGCUCAUAUGUGGUGAUAAACGAGAAAAACUGUGUACGCAAUAACAUUGUGUCUGUCGAUAAAACCAGUUCCUCCGUUGAUUUCAAUGCCGUCAUAUCCACUUCUCUACUCCGUUCCAAUUGUCUUAUUCAUAUUCAUAAUACAGACUUCCAACCCAGACAUAAAUACAAUGCAACAGUUCAACUAAUCGGUAAUAGAGCGAUAUCUGGAAUGAUUGUAGUUCAUGUAUUUGCUGGACACCCUAAUCGAAGUAAACCUGUUGAGACAUUUUAUGCACCACAAAAAUGGACAGGACAUUUACAAUCGAGUGAUAUGUAUAUAACAUUUGUCAGUCUAGUAGUGACAAAUUUUACUAUCAGUGUUACUGUGAAGGAGUGCAUGGACAAUUGCUAUGAGCUAAACAUGCCCAGUGUGAUACCAACAACUAUAAUUGAUUUGCCAGACGAAUGUGGUACAAAUUACUGUUUGGACAAUUACGCUGUAACCUAUCAGAUGAGGGCAUCAUCACAGUUCAACAGAGAUUCAUGUUACUUAUAUUUCCCGGUAACAAAUAACCCACAGAUUUGUAUAACAGUUAGUAGUUACUGCUGUGGAAAUGCGAACAAUUGUCAUAUUGCAGAAAUUAGUGUCGGUCACGAAUUGUAUUUUACUUUAGACAGGGCAAUACAUAUCCCUUGGUGUCUUCCUUGGAAUAUAGCAGGAGAAACAUUAAAAUUGAACUUUAAGAAUGAAGGCGUGAUUGACCACACCGUUUGCACUGUGACAAUAUUCACAAACACUAGUAAUUAUGGGAGGUGUUCAUUAACAACAACCACAGAUACGGAUGGUGUCAAUAACGAAAAUAAUGCUGUGCCCAUAGCAAUCUCUGCAGCAGGAGGAGUUUUUCUCAUUUUAUUGCUAAUUCUCAUUGGGUUUUUAAUAAAGAGUAAAAGAUGUCAACCGACCCAUUCUGGACAAGUCGUUAACUACAUCCACCAUGAAUCAUCAGUUCAAGGUCGACGUGUAGUUUCUAGGUGCAGAAUAGUGACACCACCUCCUUAUAGCAUUGCGGUCAGAGACAGUCACUUGACGAAUUCAAACGAAACUAACAGCAACCCUGCUGAAUCGGGAUAUGAUACAGAAGUAUCAUCGACCAGAAGUGAUCCAUCAGAAAACAUAAUGCAAAACAAUGGGAAUUCAAAUCCAUGUUUGGGUGCACCACCGCCUUAUAGUGUAUCUUCAUACGACAACACAACGUCACAGGAAAUAUGAUUGUCAAAGCUUAUUUGAAAACUAGUAGUUGAUUGUCUAAAUGGAAAGCAACAAGCUGGGUUCAGACUUCCAAAAUAAUCGAAAAGAGAUAAAUAGAAAUUGUUUAGACAUAAUAAACAUACUUGUGGAAAAUGACAAAAGAAUUGUUAAUUGCCAGAACAAUUGCAUGCGAACCAAUGGGAAAAUAUAAGUUGUAUAUCGAGAGAUUGAGAAGUGGGGAAGUUAUUUAUAUGCGUAUU